UCCCAGAUGCCAGAAUGGACUCAUUCGCUGGCACACCACCUCCUCUAAUUUCUCCUCCUUUUCCUCCUCAUCCUCCUCUACCUCGGUCUCAGUGCAGCAGCCGUGUUUGGGAACUUAUGAAGAAAUGGCGCAACUUUUCAAAUGGAUUCACAUUUUGUGGAAUAUGUUGAAGGGUUCGGGUUAGGUUUCCCCGACUGGUGAGACGUGACGCGUCCUCUUCUCUGUAGCUGUACGAGCGUCAGAGUGGCAAAGUGUUGACGUGAUGUACCAAAGUGUUCCCCGGACUUCACUUUGGACUUGGUGACUUGAAGUGUGACCAAAGCGGGAAAAAAGUUCUUCUCUUCAUUCUCAAACAGAAAAUGACGUGUUGGCUGCUCCGAUUGGUUGUGCUCUCGACUUGCGCCCUCUGCAUCCUCUGCACUGCUGCGCCCAGUACCACUACCGAGGGGGAGGCGCACGCUCAGUCCCAGGAUAGCUGUACGUCUUGCGGCGUCGCUCAGCCGGAGCAGGCCACCGAAUCUGGCCGGCUGGACGCGGACUUGCUGGAGGCGGUCAAGAGGCACAUCCUGAGCAGACUGCAGAUGAGGAAGCGGCCCAACAUCACCCAUCCGGUGCCGAAGGCCGCUAUGGUGACGGCGCUGCGAAAGCUCCACGCCGGGAAGCUGCGGGAGGACGGCAGGGUGGAGAUCCCCAACUUGGACGGACACCCGAUGAACAAUGACGUCCCGGAGGAGAGCUCGGAGAUCAUAAGCUUUGCGGAAAAAGAUGACCUGGUGACGUCCAAGUCCAGUUUGUUUUUUCUGAUCUCCAGCGAGGGUAACCAGAACCUAGAUGUGACACAGGCCACUCUCUGGCUCUACUUCAAGUUACUGCCUCCACCUGUUGAGAUGCGGUCUCGGCGGAAAGUGACGGUGAAAGUAUACUACCAGGAACCGGGCCUGAGCAGCAAGUGGAACCUGGUAGAGAAGUGCUUGGAGCUGAAACGGAGCGGGUGGCACACCUUUACGCUGACCCAUGCCGUGCGCUUGGUAUUUGAGCAGGGCAACCGGCGGCAGAACCUGGACGUGCGCUGCGAUGGAUGCGAGGCGACGGGUGUCGCGCCCGUCCUUCUCAACCGCAACGACGAGUCGCACCGGCCUUUUCUGGUUGUGCAGGCGCGUCAGGUGGAUGCCAAGCAUCGGAUCCGGAAGCGAGGACUGGAAUGUGACGGCAGCGCUAGUCUGUGCUGCCGCCAGCAGUUCUACAUCGACUUCCGACUAAUAGGCUGGAACGACUGGAUCAUCGCGCCAUCCGGCUACUUCGGGAACUACUGUGAAGGGAAGUGUCCCGCUUACAUGGCAGGAGUACCCAGCUCGGCGUCGUCCUUCCACACGGCAGUGGUGAACCAGUACCGCAUGCGGGGUAUGAGCCCGGGCUCCAUGAACUCCUGUUGCAUCCCGACCAGGCUGAGCACCAUGUCCAUGCUUUACUUUGAUGAUGAGUACAACAUUGUGAAACGAGAUGUUCCCAACAUGAUUGUGGAGGAGUGCGGCUGCGCUUGAGUUCCUCUCGAUGCGUCUGUGUCCUCACACAGUCAGAAACAGGUGGACCGUGUGGAGAAGUGUACACUCUCACGUGCACUUGCGUAUAAGCUUGUACAUAUAUUUAUGUUGGUUAAUACACAGUGGUACCUUGACUUACAAGUACCCCAAAAAAUAAAAAAUGAAAACACUCACGAUGAGCAUGCAGUGGCAGGUUUCGAACACUUUUGGGGGCUGGGGGUGGGGGGAUGUGUCUAAAGGGCACAGUUUUAAACACCCAAACACAACCUAUUGCCUAAAUUGCCUCACUGUUCUUAUUUAUUCGUGAUAUUUAUCAAUUGUGUUAAUUUAAAGCCACUCUAUGCCAUUGGAGUAUAUUAAAUCAGCAUGCGUGAUACAUUACAAAUC